UAUUGACUCUUCUUCUUCACAUACUGACUCGAGCGUUGAAGUGCUAACCUUUCAGUUCAGCCUUUCCUCCUCUGCAUCUGAGAUUCAGGUCCACUGUCAUUCAUCUCAACCACCGAUUCAACGAUCAAUUUUGGUUCCAUAACGGGACAAAUUAAAAAAAAAAAGUCAUAUAAUACUUUUAAAAGAGAAGUUAUAUUCAAUGAUUAUUUUUUUAUUUCCAAAUGAUGCUUACAUUUAGUAACCAAGAUAAUAUAUUAAAGGUUUGUGUAAUUGGGGUAAAUGGAUGAGGAGAGGGAAGAGAAAAUAUUUAAUAGUAUACGUGUAUGGUUCAAUUUUUAGAAGAGAGAAAGAAGGUGGAUGAAGGGGAGCAAAACCUCUUCUAAACUACUUUUCGCUUCCUUUGAUUUUGAGAAAUUUGGAGAAGAUUAAAUGUAGGGUUUAAUAUACUUCACCCCCCUGUCAAUAUAGCGAGUUUCGGUUUGGCCCCCUUGAAUGUUUUUUUUUUACGAAACGCCCCUUAUAAAACCCAAAACCUGGAUUUACCAAACCCUUUUACCACAUUUGCUGACUGGGCUUUGACUUAGGAUGAUGUGGCAAAAGAGUUGUAUAAAUAAUUAAUUAAAUUAUAUUUAACCACUAAUACAAAAUAGUUUCCACCACCACCACCACCACCACCACCACCACCUUCACCAUAACCAACACCACCUCCUAUUGAAUGAUUGUUAGGAACUCAAGCUGAGCUCAAAUGUCUAUGCUGCACUGCCUUGUGUGAAGAUGGAAGUUUACACUCAUAAUUGACUUAUUCAAUUUACAUGUUCUUGCAGAUGUGUGAAAUGUGAUGGUAAAGGGAAGCUUCCUUGUGCAACUUGUGGAUCUCGUGGAUUACUUAAAUGUGAAACGUGUUAUGGAAGUGGUUCUCUUUUAGCACGCAGUGUAGCCAUUAUUAAGUGGUAUUACAGGAAGGUCUGCGUCUAAUACUAAUUGAGAACAUGUGUGCUUUUACAGGAAGGUCUGCGUCUGGUUUGGAAGAAGUCAUCAUGGGUUGCACUUCAACAUCUUCUGAUACUAUCAAAGAGUUUAUCAACUUCUUUAGUGAGUGUCAGAACAAGAACAAGUUUUGGAAAGACAGUGACAAAGAACAAAGAGAAAAAGAAAGAGAAAAAUUAAAGAAGAAAAAGAAAAGAAAAGAAAGCUGCUCUCCCUCGUGACAACACAGUCAUGGAGAAUGACCUAAGACUCAAAGUUAAUAUAUAUGAUUAUUAUUAUAGUAUCAUAUUAUUUUAUUUUUAUUUUAUGAUGUUUAUUGUAUAAGUUUUGUUUGUAUAAGUUUUUUGUCUACAGAUAUUUGUAUAAGUUCUUAUUUUUUUUCUCACAUAAAAAAUAUAUAUACCUUGGAACUGGUGAAUAAUUUGGAUUCUGUUCUUAUGUUGGUCGUGUCUUUCAAGUUGUGGUGUCUUUCAAGUUGACUAUGUGUCAAUGUUAAAGGAAAUAGUUGGUCACUUUGGAUUGAUUGUGGCAGGGGGGAAUCGAUGGAGGAUUGUGCAGCACUGAAUGGGAGGAAGAGGAGAAAUAUAUUGGCCUUCGCAUUUUGAAGAUGGUGUUGGUUAUGGUGAAGGUGGUGGUCGUGGUGGUGUUGGUUAUGGUGAAGGUGGUGGUCAUUUUGAAGAUGGUGUUGGUUAUGGUGAAGGUGGUGGUGGUGGUGGUGUUGGUUAUGGUGAAGGUGGUGGUCAUUUUGAAGAUGGUGUUGGUUAUGGUGAAGGUGGUGGUGGUGGUGGUGUUGGUUAUGGUGAAGGUGGUGGUGGUGGUGGUGGAAACUAUUUUGUAUUAGUGGUUAAAUAUAAUUUAAUUAAUUAUUUAUACAACUCUUUUGCCACAUCAUCCUAAGUCAAAGCCCAGUCAGCAAAUGUGGUAAAAGGGUUUGGUAAAUCCAGGUUUUGGGUUUUAUAAGGGGUUUCGUAAAAAAAAACAUUCAAGGGGGCCAAACCGAAACUCGCUAUAUUGACAGGGGGUGAAGUAUAUUAAACCCUUAAAUGUAUUUCAUAUUAAAGUGGGAUGUCACAUAUUCAAACUCGCACCCCUACAUGUGAUGUUCAUGUGCAGCUAU